AUGCCGAGGUACACAGUGCACGUCCGAGGAGAAUGGCUGGCAGUGCCAUGCCUAAGCUCCACGAGCACCAUUGAGUGGCUGGGAAAGGAAGCUGUGAGACGGUACAUGAAAAACAAACCUGACAAUGGGGGAUUUGCCUCAGUGGAAGAAGUAAAGUUUUACAUUCGAAGGUGCAAGGGACUUGGCUUGCUGGAUCUUGAUGAUACCGUGGGGGAUGCUCUAGAGGACAAUGAAUUCGUUGAAGUUGUUAUAGAAGGAGAUAUAAUGUCUCCAGAUUUCAUACCAUCUCAGCCAGAAGGAGUUCAUUUAUACAGCAAAUACCGAGAACCAGAACAGUAUAUUUCUUUAGAUGGCAACAGCUUAACAACGGAGGACUUAGUCAAUUUGGGAAAGGGACUCUACAAAAUAAAGCUCACACCUGAAGCUGAAGCUAAAGUCAAAAAAUCACGAGAAGUGAUUGAAAGGAUCGUAAAGGAACAGACGGUUGUUUAUGGAAUCACCACGGGUUUUGGAAAGUUUGCCAGGACUGUCAUCCCAAACAGUAAUCUGAGGGAGCUUCAAGUGAACUUGGUUCGUUCACAUUCUGCAGGUGUGGGGAAACCUUUGACCCCAGAGAGAACUCGCAUGCUGUUGGCACUGAGAAUCAACGUCCUAGCCAAAGGAUACAGUGGAAUAUCCCUAGAAACCCUCGAGCAAGUUAUUGAAGUGUUUAAUGCAUCCUGCCUUCCUUAUAUCCCAGAGAAAGGGACAGUUGGAGCCAGUGGAGACUUGGCCCCUCUCUCUCAUCUUGCUCUGGGAUUAAUUGGAGAGGGAAAGAUGUGGUCCCCGAAGAGUGGCUGGGCUGAUGCUAAAUACGUCCUGGAAGCCCAUGGACUGAAACCAAUUACCUUGAAACCAAAAGAGGGUCUGGCCCUCAUCAAUGGGACACAAAUGAUCACCUCGCUGGGAUGUGAGGCAGUUGAAAGAGCCGGGGCUAUAGCAAGGCAGGCUGAUAUCAUCGCUGCCCUUACACUCGAAGUUCUGAAGGGUACAACGAGGGCCUUUGACACUGAUAUCCAUGCAGUGCGCCCGCACCGAGGGCAGGCUGAAGUGGCCUUUCGAUUCAGGUCCCUUCUAGAUUCUGACCAUCAUCCGUCAGAAAUAGCAGAGAGCCACAGAUUCUGUGACCGAGUUCAGGAUGCGUACACAAUGCGCUGCUGCCCUCAGGUCCAUGGAAUUGUAAAUGAUACAAUUGCUUUUGUGAAGGACAUAAUAACAACGGAAAUCAACAGUGCCACGGACAACCCUAUGGUGUUUGCUGAAAGAGAAGAGACCAUUUCUGGAGGAAAUUUUCAUGGUGAAUAUCCUGCAAAGGCUCUAGACUAUUUAGCAAUUGGUGUGCAUGAACUCGCUGCAAUUAGUGAAAGAAGAAUUGAGAGGCUUUGCAACCCCUCCCUCAGUGAACUGCCUGCAUUUUUAGUCACUGAAGGAGGUCUGAACUCAGGCUUCAUGAUUGCACACUGCACAGCUGCUGCCCUGGUGUCUGAGAACAAAGCCUUGUGCCACCCCUCUUCUGUGGAUUCUCUCUCUACCAGUGCUGCUACGGAGGAUCAUGUGUCCAUGGGAGGAUGGGCUGCAAGAAAAGCUUUGAGAGUUAUUGAACAUGUGGAACAAGUUCUAGCUAUUGAGCUGCUCGCCGCCUGCCAGGGCAUUGAAUUCCUACGCCCUCUGAGAACGACAACCCCAUUGGAGAAGGUCUACGACCUUGUGCGCUCCGUGGUGAGGCCCUGGAUAAAGGAUCGCUUCAUGGCCCCGGACAUUGAAGCAGCUCACAGGCUGCUCGUGGAGCAGAAGGUGUGGGAAGUGGCUAAACCUUACAUUGAGAAGUACAGGAGGGAACACAUCCCUGAAUCAAGACCCAUUUCACCUACAGCUUUCUCCCUGGGAUCACUGAGAAUGAGUGCAGAUGAUAGUCAUGACCACGGGCACCAGAAUGAACUUUAA